CCCCCUUUGACCCGUGACGUCACGCAGACUGCUGGGACGGACCGGCGGCAGGCAGACUACACCAGCUGUUGGUAUGACAUCUAUUCCCAGGAAGAGACACAGGACCGGUGACUCAGGCAUGGCUCCCCCUGUUAAGGCCCGUACUCGUGCUAUGUCCUCGGGCAGUACUGGGGAUGAGUAUUUUAUACAGGACCAGCAGCUUCAUGCUGCUAAUGCUACUACAACAGUGGAGCAUAUGUGUCUGUUGGACAUAGAUUCCAACCCAUCCAUGGUACGCAACUCUGGCAUCAUAUGUACUAUAGGCCCAGCUUCCAAAGAAGUGCCGACCCUUGUGGAGAUGAUGAAGGCUGGCAUGAACAUUGCCCGACUCAACUUUUCCCAUGGAUCCCAUGAGUACCAUGCAGGCACCAUCGCCAAUGUUCGUGAGGCAGAGAAACUGCUGAAGCCUUUCCGUCCCAUCGCUAUCGCACUGGACACCAAAGGCCCUGAGAUCCGCACUGGACUUAUCGCAGGAAGUGGUACUGGGGAGGUGGAGCUUCAGACAGGCCAUGAGAUCAAACUCACCACCAACAGUGAUUACUACGAGAAGUGUGAUGACAAGACUCUGUACGUGGACUACAAGAACAUUGUCAAGGUCAUGGAGAAGGGCGGGCAGGUCUACAUCGACGAUGGGCUCAUCCAGGUCACAGUCAAGGACAAGGGGGAAGACUACCUUCAGUGUGUGAUAGACAAUGGAGGAACCCUGGGGAGCAGGAAGGGAGUCAACCUGCCCAGAGUCGCUGUGGACCUACCCGCUGUCUCUGACAAGGACAAGGGAGAUCUACUGUUCGGGGUGCAGCAAGAGGUGGACAUGGUGUUUGCCUCCUUCAUCCGGAAAGCGGCAGACGUGCAUGCCGUACGGGAGGUACUGGGGGAGAAGGGCAAGAACAUCAAGAUCAUCAGCAAACUGGAGAACCAUGAGGGGGUCCGCAGGUUUGAUGAGAUUCUGGAGGCUAGUGAUGGCAUCAUGGUUGCCCGGGGUGACCUGGGUAUUGAGAUCCCGGCUGAGAAGGUCUUCAUCGCUCAGAAGAUGAUGAUUGGUCGCUGUAACAGGAUCGGCAAGCCUGUCAUCUGUGCUACUCAGAUGUUGGAGAGUAUGAUUGGGAAGCCCCGCCCCACCCGUGCAGAGGGCAGUGAUGUCGCCAAUGCUGUCCUGGACGGAGCUGACUGUGUCAUGCUGUCAGGGGAGACAGCAAAGGGGCUGUACCCUGUACCCAGUGUGAAGAUGAUGCAUGCUAUUUCGCGUGAAGCGGAGUCGGCGAUGUUCCACCGGCAGGUGUUUGAGGAACUGCGGCGUGAGAUCCUGUGGGAGGCCAGCGACCCCACCCAGUCAGCCGCUGUCGCUGCUGUCCAGGCCAGCUUCAGCUGUCAGGCAGCUGCCAUCAUUGUGGUCACCAGGUCUGGCAAAUCUGCGGCAGACCUGUCCCACUUCCGGCCGCGCUGUCCCAUCCUGGCCGUCACACGUGAGGCGCAGGUGGCACGACAGAUGCACCUGUGGCGAGGAAUUCACCCGCUCUGGUACCCCGAGACCCAGCGCAAGGACAACUGGGUGGAUGAUGUGGAGGCCAGGGUCACCUACUGUAUCGAGUACGCCCGACAACGCAAUUUCGUGAAAGUUGGGAACACUGUGGUCGUUCUGACUGGGUGGAUGCCAGGGUCAGGGCACAUCAACACCAUACGUUUGUUAACUGUUGAGGACUAGAUGAUGACCACAGAGUAAAACCCGUGGCUUUGUGAAGCCAGGUAACAAUGUGGUAGUGGUGACAGGCUGGCGGCCGGGUCCUGGCUUUACCAACACCCUGCGUAUUGUCCCAGUACAGUAAACAAAACAGCAGCUAAGAAACGGUGUAUACCUGAAGUACUGUCUAAUGUAUCAGUGUACAACUGUGUACCUACACAUGUACAUGUGUACCCAAGUAUAAGAAAAUUACCUGUACAACAAAAUUCUAUUACUACGCAUCUUCAAAAUGCAAAUAAUACAGUAACUAUAACAGCAUGUAUACCAGAGUUGUACAACGAUAUUUAUCAAAGCUAGUUGGGCGUCAAAGACAACUGUUACAUGUGUGUGUGUAUUGAACUGAGUUGUAGCUUUAGUUACUAUUUCAGUCUGUGAUACAAAAUAAGUAGAACACCAACAUGUAAGAAUGUUGCUGACGGAACAUACCAUUAGAUUUGGUAAGAGAAAAAAAGGAUACAUUUUGAGGUUUGCCUGCAGACUUUUGUUUGUAACACUUGAGUGUAACAAGGUUGACUUUCCCUGCUUACCCAUACAUAGUUUAAGAGCGGAAGGCAUGCCCACAGGUGAUGUGUUCCAUAGCUUGAAGCUGGUGGAUUAUUUUGUCAGUUUGCUUUUUCAUGUUUGCUGAAGAAAUAAAGCUGCUAAAAAU